UUUCGGGCGGAAGGAGUUGCUCUGGCUAAGAAAGCGAGCGAAAAAUGGCGGCGGAAAGGCUGCUGUCCAGGAUGUUGGGGCUGCUGCUUCUAGCGGUUCUGUUACCCGCAAGUUUGACCGGCGGUGUCGGGAGCCUGAACCUGGAGGAGCUGAGCGAGAUGCGUUAUGGGAUCGAGAUCCUGCCGUUGCCUAUCAUGGGGGGGCAGAGCCAGGCUUCAGACGUGGUGAUUGUCUCCUCCAAGUACAAACAGCGCUAUGAGUGUCGCCUGCCAGCUGGAGCCAUUCAUUUCCAGCGUGAAAGGGAGGAGGAGACACCUGCUUACCAAGGACCGGCAAUCCCUGUGUUGUUGAGCCCGAUGAAAGAUGCUCCCUGCCUGCUGAAGACCAAGGACUGGUGGACAUAUGAAUUCUGUUAUGGACGCCACAUCCAGCAGUACCACAUGGAAGAUUCAGAGAUCAAAGGUGAAGUCCUCUAUCUUGGCUACUACCAAUCGGCCUUCGACUGGGACGAUGAAACAGCGAAGGCCUCCAAGCAGCAUCGCCUGAAGCGCUACCACAGCCAGACCUAUGGGAAUGGGUCCAAGUGCGACCUCAAUGGGAGGCCCCGGGAGGCUGAGGUUCGGUUCCUGUGUGACCUGGGCGCUGGCAAUUCUGGGGACUACAUCGAUCGCGUGGACGAGCCCCUGUCCUGCUCUUACGUGCUGACCAUCCGGACUCCUCGACUCUGCCCCCACCCUCUCCUCCGGCCCCCACCCAGCGCUGCCCCUCAGGCCAUUCUCUGUCACCCUGCCCUGCAGCCUGAGGAGUACAUGGCCUACAUUCAGAGACAAGCUGUAGACUCAAAGCAGUAUGGAGAUAAAGUCAUGGAGGAGCCACGAGACACGGAUCCCCAAAUGUGGAGUGAGCCCAAGUCUGGGAUGGCCCCCCCAAAGAAAGCAGGUGCAAGCCCAACCAAGGACGACAAUAAAGAAUCGGAUUUCUGGAAGAUGCUUCAUGAAUCAGAGGACCAGGCCCCAGGAGGGGAGGAAGCACAGGCUGAAGAGGAAGAACCAAACCUUGAGGCAACAGAUCCAGCUCCAGGCUCUCCCGAUAAUUUUCAGAACAACGUUCAGGUCAAAGUCAUUCGGAGUCCUGCGGACUUGAUUCGAUUGAUAGAAGAGCUGAAAGGUGGAGCAAAAAAGGGGAAGCCAAACCCAGCCCAGGAGCAGCUUGCAGAUGAUGCCACAGAAGUCCCUCAAAGGGAUCCAGAGGCGAAGGGAAAGGGAGAGGACGCAGGACAUCAGAGUGAGGGGGGAGAAGAGGAGGAGGACAAUGAGGAUGAAGAUGAAGAUGAGGAUGAACGGCAGUUACUGGGAGAAUUUGAGAAAGAACUGGAAGGGAUGCUGCUCCCAUCAGACCGAGACCGGCUCCAUUCAGAGGCGAAGGCUGGCAUGGAGCAGGAACUGGAGAACAUCAUCCAGGAGACAGAGAAGGAGCUCGACCCAGAUGGACUGAAGAAGGAGUCGGAGCGUGAUCGGGCAAUGCUGGCCCUGACAUCCACUCUCAACAAGCUCAUCAAAAGGCUGGAGGAAAAACAGAGUCCAGAGCUGGUAAAGAAGCACAGGAAAAGGAGGGUUGUCCCCCAAAAGCCUCCUGCCUCACCCCAGCUUACAGAGGAGGAUCCUGAGCACAGAGUCCGGGUCCGGGUCACCAAGCUCCAUCACAGAGGCCCCAAUCAGGAUCUGACUGUCCUCGAGAUGAAACGGGAAAACCCACAGAUGAAACAAAUCGAGGGGCUGGUGAAAGAGCUGCUGGAGAGGGAGGGACUCACAGCUGAAGGUAAAAUUGAGAUCAAAAUCAUCCGACCAGGGGCUGAAGGAGCCGAGGAAGAAACCCGUUGGCUGACAGAUGAGGACACAAAAAACCUCCAGGAGAUUUUCUUCAAUAUCUUGGUGCAGGGAGUACGAGAGGUGCAGAAGGAACGGCAACGGCAGAGAGAGCUUGAGAGCAAUUACCGCCGGGUGUGGGGCUCUGAAGACGGGGAGGGCACGGGGGACCAGGACGAGUUUGACUUCUGAAACCACCGCUGCAAGUGGACCUCCAAGGAGUCCAGAGGCUUCCUAUGGACUGGCCUUUCCUCCCUCCCCCCAACUCCCAACCCAGGUCCCUGAAGGCAAAACAGCGGAGUGGAGCUGAGCUGCAGAACUUGUGGGCUGGGGGCGGGAGGGGGCUGCGGGAUGAGCAUUGCUGCUACUGCUGAAAGCCGCCCUCACAGGCCUGGGAUUUUUGCUUUCCCCGGCUCUUCCCCACAUCCCCUUCCUUUCCUCCUUGGCUUUCCCCUUUAUCAUCCUCAAACUUGUUGGUUCUUUUUCCCCUCUCUACCUGGAGAUACAGUAAGGUCUUUUGAGUGGAGUAAGGUAGGGAGAGCAAAAAGAACAGGGCAGUUUAGCAGACCCUAAGAAGGCAGACUCCCCCAUCCCCUGCCCCCAUUGAUGUUUGAAGUCACUUUACCCUCUUGCCUUGGAUUGCCUUGGGAUUUCCUGCUCCCUUUCUCUGUCUACACUGUCCUCUACAAUCUGUGCUUCUGAGAAGAGGGGCCUGCACCUCUUGCUGAGGAAUUGGGGGAAAGUUGCCCACUGCCUCUGAUACAAUCCCAGCCAAAAAGGCCCAGAACUGCCUACCACGUUCUUGAGCAAUCAGGUUUUUAAAUAAAGAACUGGACCAUCAGCUCAUCA